AUGGAAGCGGAGCCUGUGCAACCUGUCGUGGUCAUGCUGCCCCCGAAGAACUGCCUGCCGAGGAACUACAGCUGCAUUGCUGGACUGUUCGGAAGCCUGGCGGCAGCAAACCCGCGGCUUGAAGAUGGGGAAGAUUUUGACAUGAUGAACGGUACUUGUGAGCCCAUCGAGAGCCCCGUGGUGGACGAGAGACCGCGGGGCAGGGAGAUCUUCCUGAAGCCUCAACAGAGUCCAAACCUGCGUCGGAGGUGCAAGUCGCUGCCCACACCCACAGAGAGAGCAAAGUUAGAGAUCUCCCGCAGCAGAAGUCCAACCAGUCAAAAGAAAGUCCGGUUCGCCGACUCCCUGGGCUUAGAGCUCACAUCAGUGAAGCAUUUUGAUGAUACAGAUGUGCCAGAGGUGCCGGAGCGCAUAUUGGCAAAACUGCCCAAAGGACCACUCCACCUUAAUCACUUGGACACAAAAUUCCCCCGGGCUCCUGCCCAGUCUGUGUUCAUGGAGUUGCAGUUCACCAACCCGGGCACACUACCCGGUUUUGAGCAGAAAGUGAGGGAGGUGAAAGUGAUGCUGGAGAGCGUGGAGGCAGACGAAUUCAGCCUCUCCGGGUUUGUGCGCGUGUUGAAUCUGGCCUUUGAAAAGAGCGUGUCUUUGCGUUAUUCUCUAAACAACUGGAUAACGUUCAUGGACAGUUUAGCAUCCUAUGUCCCCGACUCAAGCGACGGCGUCACCGACAAGUUCUGUUUCAAGAUCGUCAUGCCUACUUACUUAGACAACGGAGGUACAUUGCAGUUCGCAAUUAAAUACUGUGUGGGCGGCGAAGAGUUCUGGGACAAUAACAACGGGAACAACUACAAAGUGCGGCGUCACCGGUUCAAGAUGUCUCCACCGCGGGAAUGGGAGAACGGAUGGAUUCACUUUAUCUGAGCUUAGUCCUCUGCAGUGGCACACUGCGUGCCUAAUUUGCGCGUAAUUGAUUCCCGGAUACCUUAAUUAUGACAGUAGCCUGUUAAAAAAAGAUAUAUUUUUUUUUUCUGCCACUGUCAGACACGUGCGUUAUGUGACAGAGAAAAUAAUUCCCCACUAUAUUUCAAAAAGUAUUUUCCCCUGCUGUGGUGACAGACUCAGUGUUAAGGACUACUGUGUAAGCCUUUGGUAGGCGCCCGGUGUGGGAUGCUGUGAGAUAAUUUGCCUUGAUGUCAGGGCUCUGUACAGCUUGGUGCCCUUUGGGAGGGCAUGUUCACGUUAUGUAACGUAGGAACACGUGCCACGGAAAACGUGCCGGGCAAUGCCGACUUCAGGCAUCACUGUUUAUGUCAGGAGAUGCUAAACAUUUAUUUGAUGGCAAAGGGUUAUUAAAAUUAUCAUUAAUGUUUUGCAUGCCUGCAAAAAAAAAAAAAAAUUGACUUAAUGGGAAGCAGAGAGCAUCACAUCUUGGUGCCAAGCGUAC